GAACUUCGCUGACUGCUAAUUUUAAUCGCGUCUGGGCUCUAGAAAGUUACCUCGCGUAUUCACCAUCUAGCUUGGUUUGGUGCCUAAUGGUAUGGCUCAACGUGCUGCACGAAACCUUUACGUCGUCGUUGUCAUUGUUGUUAUAGUGAUGACGAUGCUGCUCCGGCUGAUGAUGAUGAUCAUAUGCAAUGGCUUGUACCCACUAAAGGGGAUAAGCUAAGAAUCGGGUGGCAAGAACUAGCUCAAGAUAAUAACUGUUCACGGCACAUACCCACAUGUCUCUUCGUCUUAUUUUUCUACUCGAUGGCUUCUUCUUCGUCGAUCUCUAAUAGGCGCACAACUACAAGUACGCUGUCGUCACUGCGUUUCGAGGCGACCGCCCAAAGGUGCCUGUUGCUCAGCAGGUUAAAAAAAAAAAAAAAAUGUUGUCUCUUCGGAAACUCGUUACAGGUGACUCCACCACUGGGGGUGCAGGUUUAAAUGCCCAGGUAGUCCGGCCGUUUUCGAAAGCUGACCAUCGCCGGCGCGAAACUAGACUGGGGCGACACUGCACGGCCAAUCUGCGUUCCACCGACUUCCGGGAGGGAGCGGGGCCUUGCCGGUUGGCCCCGCUACCAGCCGCCAGGCUACGGCGACCUCGACUCGCGCCCCCUGAGCGGCUCGGACGAGCGGGCAGCAAGUACGGCCGACGGCGCACGUCUUCGGGCCGCGCCUCGCCGGGUAAGGUCCACGCCCGCCGCCUUUGGCUCUGCCUCGCCGCCUCAGCGAUGUGCCGCUACUACUGGCCCUGCUGGAGACGCAGCCUAAGGUCGUUGAGUCCAGCGCUGGCCAGGCGGAAGUGAAGCAAGCGCCGUCGAGUGCUGGGCCCUCCCGUAGCACAGGCCCGGACAGUCGGCGAAUGACGGUAGCGUUCGCCGGCACUACUGGUGCUUCUUCGGUAGUGGCUGCCGGUGCGUCGGCUCCCAGUUCUGCGCGCCGGGGAUGUCCGGGGGGGCACCGCCGCCGGGCGGCUCUUCGUCGGGGCAGCCGCCGGCCGGGUCGUCGUCGAGCAAGCCCACUGACAAAGCCAACGAGAAGGCGCUCGAGAAGACGACCGAAAGGUCUAUCGCCUCCACGGACAGGUCGGCGGCCUCGUACCACAGCAGGAGGUACAGCCGCGACAAGUCGGUGACAUCCCCCGACAAGGCAUCGUCGUCCAAGUCGCCGACCAGGUACUCGCCGUCGUCUAGCAAGGGGCGUCGCGACAACGUGCCACCUGGAGCAUCGACGUCCACCGACCCCUACGAUGUUGCUUAUGAAGAGAACAAUGAGGAGGAUAUUGACUCAUUGGAGGGCCAGAAGAGCGUGUUUUCGCACCUGUUGUCACAAGUCUACAUUGGCAUGGACCUUACCAAGGUCACCUUGCCCACUUUCAUUCUGGAGAAGCGCUCCCUGCUCGAGAUGUACGCCGACUUCUUCGCGCAUCCAGAGCUGUUUGUCAGCAUCGUGGACCGGGGCGGCGCCAAGGAACGCAUGGUGGAGGUAGUGCGCUGGUACCUGUCCGCCUUCCACGCCGGACGGAAGGGCGCCGUAGCCAAGAAGCCGUACAACCCGAUCCUUGGGGAGAUCUUCCGCUGCUACUGGAGGAUCGGCGACAAGGCGGGCGUACCCGUACCCGACGGCCCGGUGCCGUGGGCUACCAGCAACGACUUGUGCUUCAUCGCAGAGCAGGUGUCCCACCACCCACCUGUGUCGGCCUUCUACGCGGAGCACGUAGCCAAGGGCAUCUGCUGCUGCGCGCACAUCUGGACCAAAUCCAAGUUCCUGGGAAUGUCUAUCGGCGUGCACAACGUUGGCCAGGGCACCAUCUGGUUUAUGCGUCACGAUGAGGAGUACGUGGUCAACUUCCCCAGCGGCUACGGACGCUCCAUCUUCACCGUGCCCUGGAUAGAGCUGGGAGGCACCGUCGACAUCAAGUGCGAGAAGACCGGCUACAGCUGCACCAUCGAAUUCCACACCAAGCCGUUGAUCGGAGGCAGGAAGCACCAGCUGACGGCCGAGAUAUUCCCGCCCAACGACAAGCGACCUUUCCUCACGGUUUCUGGCGAGUGGAACGGUGUCAUGACUGCCAAGAACAUUCACGGGACCGAGGUCACCUUCGUCGACACGACAACCAUGCCGAUCACAAGGAAGAUCGUCCAGCCGAUAAAAGAUCAGGUGGCCCACGAGUCGCGCAGGUUGUGGAAGGACGUGACGUUAAACCUGAAGCGCAAGGACGUGGACAAGGCCACGGAGGCCAAAUCACUGCUGGAAGACCAACAACGGAAAGAGGCGGCGGCGCGCAAGGAGUGCAACGGCAAGUGGGAGACCAGGGUGUUCGAGCCGCUUGGCGAAGGCUGGACGUACAAGUAUCCGCUGCACAAACGUCUAGCGGCAGCGAAGAGAGGCGGUAAAUAGACGACCAGCACGACAACGAUGAAAUAAGCUCAGGGGCAGCGGAGAUCGCGCAUAGACACAUUGAGGCUUUCCCAUGGGUUCCCAUCAGCACGCCAUCACCAGGUGUCCAGCGGGCUCUGUGCAAAGGGUCUAUCGCCGCUCGCUUCCCCGAUGUCACCCGGGACUUUCGUCAGUGUCACUUAUAAACUGUGGCGCCGAUUUUGGUUGGCGAUGUGCCCUUUUGGUUCAGGCGGCGAGGUCUGGAGCAAGUUUACUUGCGACAACAAAAAAGGUUUAGCGUCAAAACAUGCUCAACGGCUUAAGGACUGUGAUAAUAAAUUAGGCUCCACGGGAGCCUUCGUUCUUUUUUUUUUGCA